UAUAACUAAACAUUUCUUUUGGUCUGUGGCAGUGAUCUGGAGCCAUGUGAAAAUUAUUUAAUAACAAAAACUAGCACGUUUUUUAUUUGUCCACACAUAAAGUGGCGAGAAUUUAAUUAAUAACGCAACAUGGAAACCGAAAAUAUUAAUGUAGAUGAGUUUUUGCCAGCAAAGAACCCUGUAAAACUAAAAAAUGUUAAGCAAAAUGCAGAACCUGGCGAAAUUAUGGAAGUUGAAGAACAAACAACAGGUCAAAAGAAGUCUAAGAGUAAACGAUCAAAGCUAAAGAAAGUGAAGAAAAAUGCUGAACCAAAUGAAUCUAAAGUUAAUAUGAGAAAAGUUGCAGUACCUGCUCACAGGUAUACACCUCUAAGAGAAAACUGGUUGAAAAUUUUUACACCGAUUACGGAACAUCUACAGCUCCAAGUGAGAUUCAACACCAAAACACGAAAUGUGGAAAUCAGAGUGGGACCGGAGACGAGAGACGUUGCAAAUUUACAGAAAGCUGCUGAUUUUGUUAAGGCUUUCAUAUACGGCUUCGACGUUGAAGAUGCAUUAGCCCUACUGAGAUUAGAUGAUCUUUUUGUGGAAUCAUUCGAAGUAAAAGAUGUUAAGACACUGCAAGGUGAUCAUUUAGGGAGAGCCAUCGGAAGAUUAGCAGGCAAAGCAGGACGCACGAAAUUUACCAUUGAAAAUGUAACAAAAACUAGAAUAGUGCUGGCUGACUCAAAAAUUCAUAUCUUAGGUAGUUACCAAAAUAUAGCCUUGGCCCGACGAGCUAUAUGUAACUUAAUUAUGGGUUCCCCGCCUUCAAAAGUGUAUGGUAAUUUGAGGUCGGUGGCUAAAAGGGCCUCUGAGAGGUUUUAAAUGUUAAUAAAAGUCUAUUUAUGUA